GAUAUCACUGCGGACCAGGAAGGAGAGAUUCAAGAGGCUUUUGCGUUAUUUGCCAGACCGCAUGAAGAGUUUGAGGGGAAAGAGGGAGUCAUUGCGACCAAUGACGUGCGGAGAUGCCUCGUCGCUCUGAAUAUUCCUCCUACCGAUGCGGCAGAGUUGAAAGAAAUGGUGGAGACGGUGGAUCCUGAUGGCUCUGGAUUCGUUCCCUUCGAGCAUUUCGUCGCGAUCGCUGCGCUCAAGAUGCAUGCGCAUGAAAAUGAUCCGGAUGCCCUGAGUGAGGAGGUUCUGAAGGCUUACCAGCUGUUUACCAAAGGCGAGGAGCGGGACAUCACCUUGCUGGACCUCCGCAGAGUGGCGAAGGAGCUUCGAGAGGACGUAUCGGAGAAUGUGCUGAAGGAUAUGGUGCGAGAGGCUACCGGUGGAACGCUGGGAGGUGUCGGGGUAGAUGAUUUCGAAGGGGUGAUGCGUCGAGCCGGCGUCUUUGGAUGA